UCUCUCUAUUUGUCAGUUUCCGUCUUCUUAUUGCUGUAAUCAAGAGUCGUUGUCCUCCAAAUUGUACACCCGUUUGCUCUGUCAUGGUAGGAGGAAUCCAGUGUCAUCCCCUGCGCCAUGUGAAAAAGAGCCGUUAGUUCACACCAUCUCCCGGGAAACACCACCCUGUUUCUCUCUCCCUGCCAACUUUUAAAUUGAACUCUGCAUCUCCCUUGCCAACUUUUAAAUUGAACUCCGCAUCUCCCUCGCCAACACUUGAGAUUUCUUCAUUUCUUUUCACAAUUUCAUGACUCUUUAUUUUCUUGGACGAGUUUUUUCAUCCUUGAAACAGAGUCAUUUUAUGGGCGUUAUCAUUAAGAUUGCGCCUUGUUUGUAAGCAAGAGAUAUGGAGACAGGAGGUGAUAUUUACAGAGUUGGGACUUUCAGAAGACAUGGGUCCUCCUCCAUUUGGAGGAACAGUGGGAAUGAUGCCUUCUCAAGGUCUUCAAGAGAAGGGGAAGAUGAUGAGGAGGCCCUCAGAUGGGCAGCUCUUGAGAAGCUCCCCACCUAUGACAGGAUCAGGAAAGGGAUUCUCAGUGGUGUUGCAGGUGAUCUUGCUGAGGUCGAUGUUCGCAAGCUCGGCUUCGUUGAGAGAAAAAACCUGCUGGAUAGGCUCGUCAGAGUUGCUGAGGAAGACAAUGAGAAGUUCCUUCUCCAGCUCAAGGACCGAAUAGAUCGGGUCGGAAUCGAUAUCCCGCUGAUCGACGUCCGGUUCGAGAAUUUAAAUGUUGAUACAGAGGUCUACGUUGGCAGCAGAGGACUGCCUACUUUGCUGAAUACUGCUGUCAAUGUGCUAGAGGGUACCCUGAACUUCCUCCAUGUUCUUCCAAAAAAGAAGAAGCCGUUGUCCAUUCUUCACAACGUCAGUGGAAUCGUGAAGCCUAAAAGGAUGACGCUCAUUUUAGGCCCUCCAAGUUCCGGGAAGACCACUUUGCUGUUAGCCCUGGCUGGAAAGCUUGAUUCGAGUUUGAAGACUUCAGGAAGGAUAAGUUAUAAUGGGCACGAAAUGAACGAAUUUGUUCCUCAGAGAACCUCUGCAUAUAUAAGCCAGCAUGAUCUUCAUAUAGGAGAAAUGACGGUCAGGGAAACGUUAGCUUUCUCUGCAAGAUGCCAGGGAGUCGGUUCACGUUAUGAUUUGCUGGAAGAGUUGUCUAGAAGGGAAAAGGCUGCCAACAUUAAGCCAGGAUCUGAUCUUGAUGUCUUCAUGAAGGCUUCCUCCCUGGAAGGUCAGAAGGCUAGUGCAGUGACAGACUAUAUAUUGAAGAUUCUAGGUCUAGACAUAUGUGCUGACACCAUGGUUGGAAAUGAAAUGUUCAGAGGAAUUUCAGGGGGACAAAAGAAACGGGUCACAACAGGAGAAAUGCUGGUUGGACCAGCUAGAGCUCUCUUUAUGGACGAGAUAUCAACUGGUUUAGAUAGCUCCACCACUUACAAAAUUGUGAAUUCAGUCAGACAAUUUACCCAUAUUAUUGGAGCCACAGUAGCCAUUUCUUUGCUGCAACCAGCACCAGAGACCUAUGAUCUUUUUGACGACAUCAUUCUUCUCUCUGAUGGUCAUAUUGUAUACCAUGGUCCUCGUGAGCAUGUACUUGAGUUCUUUGAAUCUAUGGGCUUCAGGUGUCCUGAGAGAAAGGGCAUUGCAGAUUUUCUACAAGAGGUGACAUCUCGAAACGACCAGAAGCAAUACUGGAUACAUGAAGAAGAAACCUACAGAUUUGUACCAGUGAAGGAAUUUGCAGAAGCGUUUCAUUCAUUUCAUAUUGGACAACAAUUAUAUGCAGAAUUUUCUAUACCAUUUGACAAGAGUAAAAACCAUCCUGCUGCAUUAACAGGUUCCAAAUACGGUGUAAGCAAGUUGGAGCUGUUAAAAGCAUCCUUUUCAAGGGAAUUACUGCUGAUGAAAAGGAACUCUUUUGUCUACAUUUUUAAAAUGAUGCAACUUAUAGUCCUUGCUUUUAUUACGAUGACUCUCUUCCUACGUACUAAGAUGCACCGGAACACAAUCAAUGAUGGAGGGAUUUAUCUGGGUGCACUAUUUUUUGGUUUGAUUACAAUCAUGUUCAAUGGUUUUGCGGAGCUCUCCUUGACAAUUGCAAUACUGCCUGUUUUUUACAAGCAAAGAGACUUGUUUUUCUAUCCAGCAUGGACAUAUGCAAUUCCCGCAUGGAUUACUAAAAUUCCAAUAUCAGUUGCUGAGGCCUCUAUAUGGGUGUUUUUGACUUACUAUGUGGUCGGUUUUGAUCCAAGUGCUGGAAGGAUGUUCAGGCAAUUGCUUCUGCUUCUAGGAAUCAACCAAAUGUCGUCUGGCCUUUUCCGUUUAAUUGCUGCCUUGGGCCGGGACCUCAUUGUUGCAAAUACAUUUGGUUCAUUUGCAUUGCUUGUAAUAAUUGCUCUUGGUGGCUUUAUACUCUCACGGGAUAACAUUAAGAGCUGGUGCAUCUGGGGCUACUGGAUUUCACCAAUUAUGUAUGGACAAAAUGCCAUUUCUGUGAAUGAAUUCCUUGGGAACAGUUGGCACCAAGUUAUACCGAAUUCAACUAUGUCACUGGGUGAAGCAGUCCUGAAAGCACAUGGAAUGUUUGGUCGAGGGUACUGGUACUGGAUUGGAGUUGGUGCCCUGAUUGGAUACACUUUGCUCUUCAAUGGGCUCUUCAGUGCUGCACUUGCUUAUCUUCAACCUUUUGGAAAAUCACAGGCUAUAUCUGAAGAGGCAUUGAAGGAGAAACAUGCUAAUUUGACUGGCGAAAAUGUAAAAUCAGAAUUAUCUUCAAGAGGAAGAAGGAUUACGGAAGCUCAAUCAGAAUCAGUUGCUGAACGUGUCCAUAGCCAACAGAAAGGAAUGGUCCUUCCAUUUACACCCCUAUGCAUAACAUUUGAAGACAUCAGAUAUUCAGUGGACAUGCCACAGGAAAUGAAAGCUCGAGGUGUUUCUGAGGACAAAUUAGAGCUGCUGAAGGGUAUAAGUGGGACUUUCAGACCUGGAGCAUUAACGGCCUUGAUGGGUGUAAGCGGAGCUGGCAAAACUACUUUAAUGGAUGUGUUAGCAGGAAGAAAGACUGGUGGCUAUACUACUGGAAGCAUCAAAAUAUCAGGUUAUCCGAAGAAACAGGAAACCUUUGCUCGUGUUUCGGGUUACUGUGAGCAAAAUGACAUCCAUUCUCCCCAUGUCACUGUAUAUGAAUCACUUGUCUACUCUGCUUGGCUUCGUUUACCUCCUGAAGUCAAUUCUGCUACGAGAAAGCUAUUUGUUGAGGAGGUCAUGGAACUUGUGGAGUUGACAUCAUUAAGGGAAUCCCUUGUGGGGUUACCAGGUGUAAAUGGGCUCUCAAUUGAGCAACGUAAACGAUUGACAAUUGCAGUGGAGCUAGUUGCUAAUCCCUCCAUAAUAUUCAUGGACGAACCAACCUCUGGCCUCGAUGCCAGAGCUGCAGCAAUUGUCAUGAGAACCGUCAGAAAUACAGUGGAUACUGGAAGGACAGUUGUUUGCACAAUUCAUCAACCCAGUAUUGACAUAUUUGAAGCAUUUGAUGAGCUCUUCCUUAUGAAGCGAGGUGGACAGGAGAUCUACGUUGGGCCGUUGGGCCAGAAAUCUUGUCACCUAAUUUCCUAUUUUGAGGGCAUCGAAGGAGUAAGCAGGAUAAGAGAAAGGUACAAUCCAGCAACGUGGAUGCUAGAAGUGACCUCUGAGGCACAAGAGGACAUUCUUGGUGUAGACUUUGCUGAGAUCUACAGAAACUCUGAUCUGUAUCAGAGAAAUAGGGCUUUGAUAAAUGAGCUCACUUCACCUCCACCUGGCUCUAAAGAUCUUUACUUUCCAACAAAGCACUCUCAGUCCUUCAUCACUCAGUGCAUGGCAUGCCUGUGGAAACAACACUGGUCUUACUGGCGUAACCCUUCAUAUACAGCUACACGUUUCUUCUUCACAACCUUUUCAGCCUUGAUGUUUGGGGCCAUUUUCUGGAAUCUUGGCAUGAAAAGGAGUAAGCAACAGGAUUUGUUCAAUGCAAUGGGCUCCAUGUAUGCUGCUGUUCUGUUUAUUGGUAUCAACAAUGCAUCAUCUGUUCAGCCAGUUGUGGCUAUUGGAAGAACCGUCUUCUAUAGGGAAAGGGCUGCUGGAAUGUAUUCUGAAUUGCCAUAUGCAUUUGGUCAGGUUGCUAUUGAACUGCCAUAUGCCUUGAUUCAGGCUUUGAUCUAUGGAGUUAUAGUAUAUGCAAUGAUAGGCUUCGAGUGGACUGCUGCCAAGUUCUUCUGGUAUAUAUUCUUCAUGUACUUCACCUUCCUAUACUUCACAUUCUAUGGGAUGAUGGCAGUUGCAGUCACUCCAAAUCAUCACAUCGCCGCCAUCAUCUCUUCUGCAUUUUAUGCAAUUUGGAAUCUCUUCUCUGGAUUUGUGAUUGCACGUCCGAGUAUGCCAGUGUGGUGGAGAUGGUACUACUGGGCAUGCCCUGUUGCUUGGACGUUGAAUGGGUUAGUUACUUCACAAUUUGGUGAUGUAAAGUCAAAUCUUGAAGUGGCCAACUCUGCAGCAACAACUGUGACAGUGGAGGGAUUCAUCCGAGCCUAUUUUGGAUUCCGCCAUGACUUCUUGGAUGUGGUUUCCAUAAUGGUUGUAGGAUUUGCGAUUCUAUUUGCAUCUGUUUUUGCAUUGGCAGCUAAGGCCUUCAACUUUGAGAAAAGAUAGUAGCUCUUGGAUGUAGGUAAUUCAAAACAAAUUGCUUAAGCAGAUCAUAAAGUCACUUAUAUGAGAGUGUACUUUGUAUCUGCUAAUUGUAGGAAUAGUCUUCCAUCCACUUUUCUAGCGUUGAUAGGAAAAUAUAUGCAGCCUAGGGUACUCAUUUCCUCGUAUAUGUUAAGGAAUAAAAGCACAUUUGAUUCGUCACAAUAUUGAGUUUUAAUAAAUGCACAAAAAAAUGGCAGAAGUGUUCAUCUUUUUCA